AUGGAACAAGAGAAUAAAUCUCAGACAUCACCAAACACCUUCUUGCUGGUGGGAAUCCCAGGACUGGAGCACCUGCAUGUCUGGAUCGGGAUUCCCUUCUGCUCCAUGUACGUGGUGGCCGUGGUAGGAAACGUGACCAUCCUGGCGGUGGUGAGAGCAGAGCGCAGCCUCCACGAGCCCAUGUUCCUCUUUCUGUGCAUGCUGUCCGUCACGGACCUGGUGCUCUCCACGUCCACGCUACCCCGCAUGCUCUGCCUCUUCUGGUUCGGAGCCCGCGACAUCGCCUUUGAGGCCUGCCUGACCCAGAUGUUCUUCAUUCACAGCUUCACUGCCAUGGAAUCGGGUUUUUUCCUGGCCAUGGCCAUUGACCGUUACGUGGCCAUCUGCCACCCACUGCGCCACACCACCAUUCUCACUCACGCUCGCAUUGCUAAAAUGGGAGCUUCUGUGGUAUUCCGGGGUGUGGCCUUCUUUUCUCCCCAUCCCAUCUUGCUCAAACAGUUGCCCUACUGCAGGACUCGAAUUAUCGCCCACACCUACUGUGAGUUCAUGGCUGUGGUUAAGCUGGCGUGUGUGGACACAGGUGCCACCAAGCGCUACAGUCUCAGCGUGGCCUCUGUCAUUGGUUCCUGUGAUGGUUUUCUCAUUGCUGUGUCCUAUGUCCUAAUCCUCAGAGCAGUCUUUCGUCUUCCUUCGCGGGAAGCAAGCUUUAAAGCUCUAGGCACAUGUGGCUCCCAUGUGUGUGUCAUCCUAGUUUUCUAUUCCACAGCUGUUUUUACCUUCCUUACUCACCGCUUUGGCCACAAUGUUGCCCCCCAAAUUCAUAUCUUCAUUGCCAAUAUGUACCUUCUGGUACCACCCUUUCUUAACCCAAUUGUUUAUGGUAUUAGGACCAAGAAAAUUCGAGAAUAUGUCCUUAGGUUUCUAAGGAUAAAGGCUGCCUGA